AUGACCGAAAUAGGUUAUUAUUUGAAAGAGAAUGACUUUAAAUGUAUUAAUGACCGUGAAAAGAAAUUUCAACUGUGUUUAUUGUACUCUCAAUAAUCCAGGAGAGGUUUUAAUAAAGGACUGUAUAGUCUGUGUACCACGACUUGCAAUUUCACGGAACGACAUUCCGCUGUUCCGCUGCGUGCGUUCGCGAAGCGUCUUUUGAACCUGGAUGACGCUUUCAACUGAUUGUUAUUGUCGUGGAAGCACACGGACGUAGAGUACCUUGAUAAAAAAAAAAAAUUUAAAAGCACGACCAAGGUUCGCAAAGGCGCGGAGAGGCACAUCAGAAUGUCGUUUGGUGAAAUUCCAAGUCGUGGUACAUAGGCUAUACCUCUAAAUGGAACUUGAAAAAAAAAAUGUUCAAAGACAUAUGAAGCCUCUGCCAAAGGAAUGAUACCCGAAAGUGCUUAUUUCCAAGCUCUCCUAAGGCUUCAUGAAUAGAAAAAGGAAAAAAAGCCGAGCGCGCACACACAAAUAUUCACCCCGAAACCAAUUUAUUAUUGCAUUCUUCCUUCUGAAAGACUGGAAAAAAAGAAGAAAAAUUUCCUUCCCACAAACCAUUGCUCUUAACGUCCAUAAAAGCCUAAUGAUGUGCACUUUUUGUGCAUUCCUUUCAAAUAGACAUUUUUUUCUUCUUUUGCUUGGUUCCUGUCAUUUCCUAUUACAUGUUUUCAGGGCCCGGGAACGGAAGGAAGUAUUUUUUUUUUCUGUAGAGUGUUGGACUUUUCCGGGUUUCAGAUGGAAGGGUCUGGAAAUUUGAUGAUUUUGUGUCUUUUUUUCACGUUUUAAUAACAUUUUUAUGGGGGUUUUGUAAACUUUUUUGAAAUUAGCAUUGAAAAUAAAAAUUUAAAAACCAAUUUCUAAAAGAGUGCGUGUCAAAAAUAUAUGGGUCCCGUAAAAAGUCAGUAGUUCCAUAGCCUGUGCACCACGACUUGGAAUUUCACAGAACGACAUUUCGCUGUGCCGCUGCGCGCCUUUGCGAGUCUCGGCCGCGCUUUUAAUUUUUUUUUCUUUCGUCAAGGUACGCUACUUUUCUGUGCUCCCACCGCAAUUGAAAGGGUGACCUAGAUUCGGAAGACGCUUCGCGAAAGCACGCAGCGGAACUGCGGAAUGUCGUUCCGUGAAAUUUCAAGUCGUGGCACACAGACUAUAUCAAGAACCUUUUUGCACUAAAUUAUUGGCAAUCGCUCUUUUUUCUCAGAUUUUAACUGAUAAUGAUCUCAAAUAAUUAAUUUUGAUUUUUUUUUUCCCACGAAGUCGGUAGAUUUAUCAACGCUCCCAGAAGUAAAAAGAGCAUAAGACUAAAAGGAAAAAGAAGAAGACGUUGACUUACGGCCUCGCUAGCAAAUUGUCGUGUACGCCUUCAACUUCGCGACGUCUAAUGAAUUUUCUCUUCCGGCUGCUCCAAAAACUUCCAUUUUCUUCCCCUUUUUGCUGUUUUUUGAGCUUUUUUUUUAUGUAUUUUCAAGCUUUUCCCUAUUGAAUUUUCAAAUUUUUGAUCUUGUAUUUUUUUUUCGGUUCAUUUUUGAGCUUUUUCUAUUCAUUUUAUGAUGGAAUGUCUAAUAUUUUACUUUAAAUCUUUAACGUAAUCCGUUUCGGAUCUCCAACCAAAAGCCGACGAAAAUCCCACGAUUCGAGGGAAUUUUUCUUUUUUUUUUCUGAUAUCGAAGCUCGGCGAAGCUUGUUGAAAUUUGAUCGUUCGGCCGCCCUUUUUUGGCCACAUCUGGCACGGCUCUCCGGGGGAUUUGCAACUUCUCUUUUCCGUCUCGCUUCGAUUUUCGGGCCUUGUUUCAGACUUUAUCUGUUUAUUUACUUGAUUUCUCAAAUCAAAAACGUUUUUUAGACUUUACAGCAAUACCUGGACUAUAUGAGAACUUCCUAAAAAAAGUUUUUCUUGUUCAAUUUUUUUCAAUUGUUCAUAGAAACUUUAUGUAAACCUUAUUUUUUGUGGCUUUUCAAGCUUGCCUGUUGUUUUUUUUUGAGCCAUGAACAUCGAUUUUUGUAAAAACAUUUUAGAAAAAUUUUUCUUUUUUACGCUUUUGAAGUCGUUGUAAAUCAAUAUAAUCUUCCCCAUUUCGCAGGAAUUCAACAGGGAAACGGCAUUUUUUUGCAUUUUUCAAUCAAAAAAAUUUUUAUAGAUAGUUUUUUUAAUUUCUCAUUUCUUUGUAUAAACACCACCUCAUCAGUAAAUUUCCAAUAGAUUUUUUUAUGACAUGAUUCUUCUCAAUUUUUUGUACUUUACCAUAUCCAGACGUUCACACGUUACAGAUUUCUUAUUGAUUAAAAAAAUUUAAUUAAUCUUUUUGUAACUUUCUUAUUCGAAAAAAAUCUUCGUUUUUUUCAAUGUUUUGCCGUGUUUCUUGACCUAAAACUUCCAAAUAUCCGCAUUUUUUUCAGGGGCCUAAAGUGAGGAACCGUGUCACCAGGCGCGCUGUUCCAGUCGCAGGACCGGCCUCGAUCGCCGCCGUUCGAGGGCGGUCUCGGGGCUGCGACCGGGCCGCCCGUCUGCCACUACGUCCCGCCGCCGUCCAUCGAGGUCAACAUCGACUUCACUCGGCCUGAUGGACAAGUAAUCAUGAUCAAUAUACUUAAUGAAAUUUUAUUCCGUUUAAAAUCCUUGCUGUGUUGUUUAAAGGUGCAGAAAAUGCUGCCAGAUUUUUUAAUAUCAUUUUAUGCGUUUAAAAACACCUCAACAAGGACUUUUGAGCAAUAUGUGCUUUAUAAAAUUGAUGAGAUUUUUUUCAAAGAACUUUCCGGAACAUUUCAGAGGACAAGACCUCUACUGGUCGAAAAUAAACGCCUAUACGUUGAUGAGCACUACAUCUCUGUCUGGUCGCCGGUUUUAAGGUAACUUUCAGGUCGAAUUUUGGAAAUAAGAGGGUAUCACGGUCACUUUUUGGAUAAGCAGAAAAAAAUAUCGUACAAACAGAUUUCUUUUCACGCUUGCUCUAUAAAACUGCAAAAGGACAGCAAAAAUAAAGGUCUUGAAGAGAAAUUUCCAUUUGGGAUACGGUCUCCUUGGCAGAAAAAAAAACUUUAGAACUUGGCUCGGAACGGUAUAUUUCAGUUUGGUGUGAAUAUUAUGUGACUAUCGCUUCGUGCAUUUUUACUUUUUCUAGAGGCUUUUUCGAAUUUUCGAUUACAUGCUUUCAUCUGGGAUUUUAAAAAAAAGGGCGUCGACGAAUUGAUGAAAAUCUCGAGGCAAACAGAAAUUACAAAUAGUCAUUUUUAUAGCUGUAAGACUUUCGCGAAUUUAAGAAAUCAUGAAAGAUUUUUGAAUGAAGUUAAGCUAGUAGCUGGACAGUUUUUAUCAUUUUCUAUAAUAUCUACCUGAAGAACCUUAUAUGAACUUGAUAGUCCUUGUUUCUGAAGCUUUUGCCUUUCUCAAGCCAUGCUCAUCGCCUUACAGUUAACAAAUUUCAGAGCCUGGUGCGUGGAAUGCCCGGAUCGGGAGCUGAUCCUGGCCAAUGUUCAGUACGAACACGUGCUGGAGAUGCUCGAAUGCAUCCAUCCGACCUACAAAGCCGUCGAUGAUCAAUCUGUACAUAUUCUUCUGCCUCUAGCUUAUGAUUAUCAGGUCAAUAGUUUUUUUUGCUUUUAGAGGGUUUGAAAAGCUGCGAAAUGCUUUCCAGGAACAAAAAUAUUACUUUUUUGAUUUCAUUCUCAAUACCUAAAUUCAAAAAGAGAAAGGUUAAUAUCAAAAUAAUAGAUCUUCAGGACCAUGUUUUUAAGAAAAAUUCAUUGAUUUUUGAAAAAAUCCAGCUGUUUUUCCAGGACUUCUUUGCUCACAUUUUGGUAGGUUUCUCAUUUUUGAUUGAUUUUCGGAGAGUUUUUCCGAGCUUCUUUCAGCAAAAAUAGUUUUCUGUGUUUAAAGCUGAAAAUUUUCCAGAUGGAAGGUCUUCUACAUCGAUGCGAAUGCUUCCUGAUCAACCACAAUUUGCCGUUUUUGGAGAAAGUUUGGAUCGCUGAUAGGUUUUUUUAAACUUUUUAUUACCUAAAAAAAAUCAAAGUAUUUUUCAGGUACAAGCUGAACCGAUUAUUGAUCCUUUGUCUACGGGAAAUGAGGCCCAACAGUAAAGUUGACCUGAAUGGAUCGAGGUACUACGCCUUGUCGGAUCGAGUCAAAGUCCUACUCUUGGAACGGCUUCACGGGGCCCCGGCGCCUGAGGUACUUCUUUUCCAUAGAGCAACUUUACUCCGAAACGCCCUUCUGGCGGGCCGGGUGACCCGGGCUUUGGGCUUACAAUUUAAAAAAAAGCCCGCAUGGGCUCGCGCCAGGCUUCGAAAGAAAUCUUGAAUUUCAUUUUUGAGAAAAAUUUUUUUCUAUGAGAAAAAAAAUAAGCGAAAAUAGAGAAUUUGAGUUUUUUGGCCCCGACCGGCGAUUUUUGCUUAAGGCCUCCCUAGGGCCGGCCCUCGCACAAGCCUGGCGGGAACUCAAACCUUUUCUCCCCGAUUUCGGAUAAUUUUUUCUCCUAAAAUAGGAUCUUCCGUUCAUUUUUCAAGUGUAUAAAAAAACGAAAUUUUUUUUACGGAAAUUAUGUCUUGAAAACUAAUAAAAGCUUACAUUAAAAAAAUCACUGGAACUGAGCGAAAAAGAUUACUAAAAAAAUUAGUAUGAAAAAAAUGCGCUGUAAAUGGAAUUUUUCCACUAUCUGUGUUUUGGUUUUUCAUGGCUCUUAAUGGGAAUUUCUUACAACUUAUAGCACUUCCAUAAAAAGAAAAAAAAACGCCAAAUCGGGAACUUUUCAGGAAAUCCCCGAACCUCCUCUCGACUUGGAGACGUUCCAACGGGCUUCUGACGUCAAUUUCGCAGCAGUUCGGGCGAAAACUGGCCGAGUUUACUACGUAAAUCCGUACUAUAUGGCGGCCUGGUCGAAUGUUUUUGAGGUAUGGGAAGACUGCAAAUAGAAAAUUCAAAAAUUUUUCUGUAAAAAUACUGUAGAACCUUUGAGAAGCCUGUUAAGUGGAUGAAGGAAAAUCGUCAUUUUACUUAGCGGUUGGGAAUUUCCUAAAGAUUUGAAAUACCAAAAAAGGAUUCUGAAUGUCUCAACCUGCACAACUCCUUCGUUUUGGAAAGAGGAGACCUGAAAGUCAAAAAAAAAAACCAUUUUUGGAGCUUUGAGUCCUUAUUUCUUGAAAAUUAGGCAUUUUUGCAUGUUGAGACUUUAGAACUUCAAUUUGGUAUAGUCUGUUCAGAUUUUUAAUGUCAAGUGCAAUGACGUCAUUCAAAAACACUCUGUGGAUGGCUUGCUCUCUGAUUGGUUUAUCGCACCAUUAGGGGCGGAGCUUGAGCGACGACUUGACAUUCAAAAUCUGAACAGACUAUACUUCACGGGAUGUUCUGACGAGUUUUCAGGAAAUUCCCAACCGCAAAGUAAAAUGACCUACCUUGUGAGAUUCAAAAAAAACGAAAAUGAUUUUCAUGUUGAAUAGGAAUUUUCGGACUUCAAUUUAUCGGAUCAAUGAUUAUUCUUCAACUGUUCAAGGAUAAAAAUAUUCAGGAGAAGUUGUGCACGACGUCGUCUGGAGUCGAAGAAAUGUUCUGCCCAUGUAACCAAGAAGAACUCAAGGCGUUUCUCAUGGCCAUUCAUCCCCCUCAACUUCGAAUCAAUGGUGUUCAUUGACUAAGAAGAAUGAACAAUAUUUUCUUUACAGAACAAAACAUAGGUCCGAUUCUGAUGUCGGCCUGUAAAAUGGAGUCCCCCGCGUUGCUCAGAAAAUGUGCCAAUUUGCUGUUGGCUCCCCAUACUCAGGUAUAUUUUGGGGUUUUUGAAGCUGGUUUUGGGAGAAUUUGGGUCUUAAGUUGGUUGGUAUAGUGUUUAAGACUAAGGUAAUCCACCUGAAAAGAUUCAAAUUUAGCCUUAGAAUCUUUUUGGGAUUUUCAAAAAGCAAGUUUUUGAAUGUUUUGUGUUUCCUUAAGCGGCUGUGGAUUGUGGAAGACCUGGAGAACUUACUUAAGGAAAAUAAAUUUGUAAUUUAAGUUGGUUAUUAUAGUCUUUAAAACUAAGGUAACCUACUACAGUAAGUUUAGAGCCUUUUUGGAAUUUUCAUAAUGUAAGUUUUAAAUUUUUUAAGUCCAGUAUUUGUUGGAUUGUUUCCUUACCAGAGAGAGGUCUGAGAGACUCCCUUGAAUAGUAAUUUAUCGAGUAAUUUCUGAUUUUCUCAAUUCAUAGAGAUCACAGUAGUCUCCAUAUGUUGCUAGCUCUAGCUAUUCGUUCAGAACUCAAUUGUUUCUCCAUAAUUUACACUUCUUGAAAUAUUGACUGGAAAAUUCCACACACUAAUCAUGGGAAAAUUGCCGUGGGAAAUGAUAAAUUGGUCCCACGAGAAGUCUCGUUUCGAUUUUGGCUCCUCGGAAAUCAUGAAUAUAAAACAUCUAGCCGGGUUUAAGAUCUUACGCGAAAAAGGUUGGAAAAAGGGGCUUUAUUGGUCUCCAAACUGGAUUUUUCUGAUAUUUUUUUCUUCGAUUUUUGUUUCAACUGAAUGAAUUUUGAGCUCAGGAAAAAACCUUUAUAUGGUUAUGUUUUAAAUUAAUUUUUUCAAUGGGUGGGGGGUCUCGGCUAAGGCAGGGAAACGGAACUUCUUAUAAUUUUUUUCCACCAGAUUAUUAAAAUUUCUGUACUUAAAAAAAUCAGAAUGAGGAUAGAGUCAUAAAUUUCACAUUUACGAGGUGUUUUGUAGAUUUUUUACAUAUCUUAAAAGGUGUUGGGAAGGUAACCACAGAAGGUUAGGAGAAGAAUGAAAGCUAAACAGGUCUUGGGAAGGUGUCUAGAAGGUAGUUGGAACGUUUUUGGAAAGGGAAUAAAUUGAAAAUCCUGUCAGAAGCCUGCUAAAAAGGUUAUGGAAGGUUUUAAGAAGCUGGGUAGAAUGCACUUUCUGUAAAGCUUCGAAAUUCCUUCUGAGGAAUCGAAGCUUCUCAAUUUUUACCGGAUUAAUCAAUUUGGUUCGCUGAAAAGCUUUUUACUUGUCAACAGAUGAGAGUUUUAUUAGCGCUUGAGAAUGAUAGGAUAUGAAUAAAUGAUUACAGCUGUCGGUGUUUGUUCGGUUAUCACUAUUGGACCGAUGUUUCCUGCACGAAAUGCUGCCAGCUUGUCUCCAAAUGGUCCAAAGGCCCGAACAUCUCAUCCAAAUGACUCAGCAAACGACUUGUGCGUCCAAAGAACCUUGAAGAUAUAACUUCUCAAUUUCUAGAUGAUUGCCUAUCAACUCGCGCCAAGGCUUGUAUGAUGGACCGACUUGGAAUCUUGUUGGACGGGCCUGGCCUUCAACCUCAUCACUGUGCUAGGUAAAAGUUUAACACUGCCAAAGUCGGAAGUGCGGAAAACGGGUGCAAAAUGGCCGCUAAAAGGGUCCCUUUUUACGGCCUUUAUUGAGCUUUUCAUUCUUGGUGGGUUAAAAAGAGUCAUAAAAGGGCGAAAAAAUUGAGAGGCCGCAAAAAGGGUGAAGAAAGAGUGAGGGUGCAAAAAGGUUCUGAAAGUCUCUGUUAUUGAUGAUUUCCGAUUUUAUUACUGUAGCUUGUUUUGGUUCAUACACAGUCACUUGUAGAGAUUAUUUUCAAUUUAUUUUCAAAAAUUGUAUUUCUUAAAAGGGUCCAAAGGGUGGACGAAGGCCGAUAAAAGGAAGCAAAAAGGCAGUAAAAAUGAAACCUUUGCCAUACGUUUAGGAACAAUUAAUGAUAACAGACGGAUCCCUAACGGACGCUCAAAGGACCCGCGAAGGGUCUUUCCGACUUUGCCUAUGAAAUUAAAUUACUUUCAUUCCGUCCCAGUCCUCCUAGAGGUGAAGGAAUUUUUUAUGAAAGGAGCGUUUACUUUGCGAUUCCAAAAAGACAAAAAGGAGCGGUCGAGUUAGUUCUGUUCGUAGUGAACAGAUCCGGACCGCUCCUACAACGAUCUUAUUGUUGUGGUCUUUCAUUCGAAGUGGAAUUUUUUUUGCCCGGCAUUUUUUGCCGCCUUUUAGAUGGAACGGGGGCGGCGUCCCGUGGGAGUAGCCUUGCGACUACUCCUGCUGACCGACCGGUGACCCUUCGCUUAUAUACCCCCCUAUCCUGGUGCAUCCGACCCGGCACGGUUUUGCCAUCUGCUCCGCCUCUUGUGCUCCAAGGAGACAGGUGGCCUUGGCGUCUCACAGGAGAGGUCAUCUAGGCAUAGGCGUUAAAUGCUCUCAUUUAGUCUUCCAAACUAGAUUGGCUGAUAAUUUCCUGAACAUUUGGGAUCCAAAAAAAAAGUCACUCAUUUUUCUUAGGUGUCGGGUUUAAAUCGUAAAAAAAUUGAUGGAUUCUGAAGGAGCCUGAGAAGACUAGUCGAUUCGCAAUAAAAUUGUCCAUUUUUCAGGGUUUUAAUAAUCUAAGAAGGGCUUCUUUCAAUUAUCAGAACACCGAAAUGGACUCUGGCCCUUUUUGUAAAUUUUCCGCACUUGACGAAAAAUUCCUCGACUCCCUGGACCCUCUGGUCCCUUCGAUUUCUGAAUUACCCGAUUUUAAACCAUUUAUGUCAAUCGAUAAUUAUGAAUUAAUCUUUCAGAUGCAAGGCGACGAGCGGCUGUAACAGCGUCACCUGGAUGUGUCCGCAAUGUAAAACUUAUUCUUCGGACGCCAAUUUGUUGCGCUCCAAUGCGAAUCCAUCAAUUACGACCACCACAAACACCACCCAACCCUACAAUCAAAUUUCCCAUCGAUGA